AUGGAUCCCCAUGAGAUGGCCAUCAAGAACUCUUACACCCAUGUGAGCAUCCCCCGAGCCCACCUGCGGCCGGACCUGGUGAAGCAGCUGGCUGUGGCCCCCUGCCCACCCUCCUCUUCCUUUUCCGAGACACAGCCUCUGUCUGUGGGAUCCUGUGGCCCAGAGCCCACUCGUCUCCUACAGCCCAUUGAGGCCCCAGACCCCAAGGGAGCCAAAGGUGCUGCCCCCUUCCAGGACCAGCAGACAUGGGGGCAGCAAGGCAACCCCUAUGGGAGUGCCCAGCGGCCAGCAGGACUGACCUACUCAGGCCUGCCCCCCAUCGGGCGUGGCGACGACAUUGCCCACCACUGCUGCUGCAUCCCCUGCUGCUCCUGCUGCCACUGCCCGCGUUUCUGCCGCUGUCACAGCUGCUGCUGUGUCAUCUCCUAG